AUUGGUUGAUUUAUACCCACAGUUCGCAAUAAAGAUGGUUGCGCCCAUGCAGAAGAUGUGAUGAAGUCUCCUUAAAGUGUUUUGUACAUAAUUUUCUUAAGAAUGGCAUUAUUUGCCAUUACAAGAUACACAGGUGAUGAAAAAGAAAAGGUGCAAACAGAAAGCCGAGCAGAUUUAAUUCUGAAGAAACUAAAAGCUGAUGCUGAUGCAAGGAAGAAGCAGCGCGGAACUGAAAAAGCCAUAGAGAAUGUCACAAGAAAAGAAACAGACAGGAAGAGACCAGCUGAAAAAUCUAAAAAGAAAAAACUUUCGCAUAAAAAGGCAUUAAAGUCUAGUCCUAAGGAACCUCAGUCAGGUCAGAAAUCUAUAGCUUUAGAAUGUGAUGACAGUGAUGAUGAUGAUAAAGAAGAUGAUCGGGUGUUUCAAAAGAAGAAGAUGAAGUUUCUUGACGAGUCAUACGAGAAUAAUGAGAAGACUGAAGACAAUGACAGUUUUUCUACAGACUACCAAGGGGCAAUAACUCCAGACUCCACACACGUAAUGUUAAACAACACGGAUAAUAGUGGUGCGAGACCAGAGAGUCAGGAAGAGGAGAGAGGGGGGUCUUUACUUAGUGUGGAGGACCAGGAAGGAUCACAUGAUGUGGGGGGCUUUACAGUACUAGGGAAUUACAAAACAAGGUCAACUGAAAAGGUUAGCCGUGUGUUACCAGACUGGCUAGCCAGCCCAAGUGUGAUUGCCUCAGAUCUAAAGCAAAAAACGACUCCUGUGUCAGAGUUCAAAGGCCUUGACCCACAGAUUCAUAGAAACCUCAAGGAGAAUCAGAUUGAAUAUUUCUUCCCAGUCCAGAUACAAGUUAUUCCUGAGAUCCUACACACUGUACAGAACGGUUUCGUGCUGGGUAGGGCUGCUCAGAGGCCACCUGAUAUCUGCGUGUCCGCCCCCACAGGUAGCGGCAAGACACUGGCUUAUGUUCUACCUAUUGUACAGUCUUUGAAAAGCCGGACAUUGUGUCGAGUACGAGCACUGGUGGUUUUACCAGUGAGGGAUCUAGCUGCACAAGUGUAUAAAGUGUUCCAGCAGUACACCAAGGGGACAAAUCUAAAGGUUGGAAUGAUUGUUGGACAAAAACAAUUUAUUGUGGAACAGCAUGCCCUAGUAAAGCAACAGCUUGGGGGAUUAGAGAGUAGAGUGGAUAUAGUGGUGGCUACACCGGGACGCCUUGUGGACCACAUCAACAAAACUUUAGGAUUCAGUCUAGCAGAUCUCAGGUUUCUGGUUAUUGAUGAAGCAGAUAGAAUCAUGGAGCACGUUAAACAGGACUGGUUAAGUCAUGUCGAGAAUGCUGUGUUUACCGGAGGUCGAGAGGCACCAACUUCACUCAAUGUCUACAACACCAGUAAACAUCAAAUGCCACUUCAGAAACUGCUAUUUUCUGCCACGCUAUCACAGAACCCCGAGAAACUUCAACAGCUGAAUCUCUUCCAGCCGCGACUGUUUACAUCGGUAGUGGACAGUACUCCUCAAUCAAAGUUACCAGUGGAAACAUUAGAUGAAGGGGAGGCAAUCCAUGACAGAUUGAAUGAGGCAGGAAGAGAGGUCAAGGGUCAUUUUGUAGGAAAAUACACAACUCCGAUUGGAUUAAAAGAAUACACAGUGGAGGUAGAUGCCACAGAGAAGCCUUUAGCAAUACUUCACUUCUUACACAAUCUCAAAUACAGACACAUCCUCUGUUUUACCAACAGUGUAGAGUCUACUCAUAGGUUGUAUCACCUGCUGAAGCUUUACGGACAUAUAAGUGUAGCAGAAAUCACGUCUAAACUGCUGGCCUCCCGCAGGAGUAAAAUCUUACGCAAAUUCCAAAAUGGAGACAUUGAUAUUCUGAUAUGCUCUGAUGCCAUGGCACGAGGUAUAGAUAUAGACAAUGUGGAGUUUGUGAUUUCUUAUGAUCCACCCCCCUACAUAAAAACCUACAUACACAGAGUGGGAAGAACGGCUCGGGCCGGAAAGGAGGGGACAGCUCUUACACUGCUACAGAGAAAAGAGUUCCAUCACUUCAAGACAAUGACCAAAGAGGCUGGGAAAACUUCCCUCGAGAAAUUUAAAGUGGACCCUGGGGACUUUGAGGAUCUUAUGGAGGGAUAUCAGAAAGCUCUAACACAGCUCCCUCACAUCCUAAAGAAUGAAAAAUUUCCUAAAAGAUGAUUCAGAAGAUGAGUUUGAACAAUAUAUCACCACUUGAAGUUCAUUGUACACAUUUAUUUAAGCCAAUAAAUGUUUGAAUUUAA